UCUAUUAUGUUGUUGUCGCAGGAAAUUUCUCACUAUAUAAAGACUCUUUGUACACUAGGGUUUUCUUUCUUAAAGCUUUUAGCCGUCACUGCCUCUCCUAUCGUCUCGUCAUCCUUGCCUCAAGCUUUCACAAAACAGCAGCCAUGGCAGAACAGACUGAGAAGGCUUUUCUCAAGCAACCUAAGGUCUUCCUUAGCUCGAAGAUAUCUGGAAAAGGAAAGCGACCUGGGAAGGGUGGUAACCGAUUCUCGAAGAACAUCGGUUUGGGCUUCAAGACUCCUCGUGAAGCCAUACAAGGAACUUACAUUGACAGAAAAUGUCCCUUCACCGGAACUGUCUCCAUUAGAGGUCGUAUCUUAGCUGGUACUUGCCACAGCGCCAAGAUGCAGAGGACCAUCAUCGUAAGAAGGAACUACCUCCACUUUGUCAAGAAGUAUCAGAGGUACGAGAAGAGGCACUCGAACAUCCCUGCUCAUGUCUCACCAUGCUUCCGUGUCAAAGAAGGAGACCAUGUCAUCAUCGGCCAAUGCAGGCCAUUGUCCAAGACUGUGAGGUUCAAUGUGUUGAAGGUGAUACCAGCUGGUGCUUCUGCUUUCGCAAAGAAGGCUUUCACUGGAAUGUAACAAGGGGGCUUUUCAUUUUAGUUUAUGUUUUUGGAUGCUAUUCCUCUUAUGGAGAAUUUAACAUUUGAAUUUUCAGAUAUUAAUGUUUUAAUGCACCGAUUUUGUUUA